CCUGGCACCUGCCCAUCCUCAUGCUCCUGGCCAUCCCUGGGCUGUCCGAAGCAGUGAAUGACACCUCCACGCUCACAUGCUUCUACAACUCGAAGGCCAACAUCUCCUGCGUCUGGAGCCAGGAGGAUGGAGCUCCGCAGGUCACCGACUGCCAGGUAUACGCCAAACCAGACAAGAGGCGGUGGCGAGAAAACUGCCCCUUGCAUCCCUGGGGGCCAAAGUCCUGGGCUUGCAACCUGGUCUUCGGGCUUCCAUCGUCCCAGAAGCUGACAGCGGCCGACGUCGUCAGCAUUAGUGUGAGGUGCCUGGAAGGGGAGAGGUGGAGGCUUAUGACCAGCCUGGACUUCAAGCCCUUUGAAAACCUCCGCCUGAUGGCCCCCGAGUCCCUCCAGGUUGUCCAUGUGGAGGCCCGCAGGUGCAACAUCACCUGGACGCUCCCCUCCUACUCCCACUACAUCGAGCGUUACCUGGAGUUCCAGGCACGGUCACGGCCUCCAGACCACAGCUGGGAGGAGGCCCCCCUGCUGAACAUCCAGCAGAACCAGCAGUGGAUUUACCUGGAGACCCUGGCCCCCGACACCCCCUACCAGCUGCAGGUGCGGGCCCGGGCCCAGCGAGGCGUCAACACCACCUGGAGCCCGUGGAGCCCGCCCCUGACCUUCAGGACGAAGCCCGAAGCUCCCGGGAAGACCCCGCCCCUUUCCUGGUUGGGCCACAUGAUUGUGGGCCUCAGUGGUGCCUUGGCCUUCAUCCUCCUGGUUUACCUCCUGGUCCAUUGCCAGUAUAUCCGAACUUGGCUGAAGAAGGUUCUGGAGUGCCACAUCCCAAACCCCUCUGAGUUCUUUUCCCAGCUGAGCACAGAGCACGGAGGAGACUUCCAGAAGUGGCUCUCCUCGCCCUUCCCCUCGGCCUCCUUCAGCUCCAGCGGCCCAGCACCCGAGAUCUCCCGGCUGGAGGUUCUGGACCGUGACACCAAGGCCCUGCAGCUGCUCCUGCAGCCCGAGGACAAGACACCUGCACCCAAGGACAAGGCGCCUGUGCCCUCGCCUGGCAGCCACUCACAUGCUAGUUGCUUCACCAACCAGGGUUACUUCUUCUUCCACCUCCCAGAUGAGCUGCAGAUUGAGGCCUGCCAGGUGUACUUCACCUAUGACCCCUGUGCUGAGGAGCCAGAGGAGGGCGGGCCCGGUGCACCCGAGGGGUCCCCCUGGCCAGCCCUGCCACCCCCGCCCGAGGGAGAUGAUGCCUACUGUUCCUUCCCCCCCGGGGAAGACCUGCUGCUCUUCUCUCCCAGCAUGCUCAUGGGCCCAUGCCCCCCAAACUCUGCGCUUGGGGGUAGUGAGACCAUGGAGGAGGUGCUGCAGGGGGAGGUUUCUGGAGAGGCGGACUCCAGAUCCCUGGGCCCACCCACUGCAGAGGCCCCCAAUGGAGUGGCUGUGCAGUCACUCCUACAGUUGGCACUAGGAGGAGCUAAAGAGGAAGCCCCAGGCCCUGGGUCUGUGGACGGGGCUGCUUCCCCCUGGGCCACCCCUUCGGGGCAGGGGCAGGCCAGAACCCUCGCCUCCUGCCUGGCCCUCAACACGGAUGCCUACCUGUCCCUCCAAGAGCUCCAGGGCCAGGACCCAGCACACUCGGUGUAGAUGACUCCCACACACUCUGACCUCUUCCAAACCUUAUCUGCUGCUCCCUGGAGUCCCACCCCCAUGCCAGCCAUGCCCCCCUCUCACCCACCCGCCAUAGGCCAGUUAGGGCACUCUGUCCAAGAUCCAACUAUGUCCAAGCUCCUCUCCUCACUGCCAGCAUGGCUCCCCAUCGCCCUCAGCAUCAGAUCCACACUCUGCCGCCUGGCUGGCUUCACCAUGUGGGAUUGGGCAACACCUCCUGGAAGGUCCUGCUGGGUGAAUUACUGCAGCUCCCUUGUCCCCCCACCCCACGGACACUGUUUCCUGUUAUUGACAGACCCUCCCCUCCCUGAUCUGUGUGACUAGCACAGGGAAGUCAGCCUGACUUAGAGAAACGUGCUGCCUUCUUUUUUGGAUGGAAGUUUCUAGACUCAGUCCUGGGAGGAGAAGCUCUCAGGGCCAUGGGCCCAUUGGGCAAAGUGACCCUGUCAUUUCCCCAUGAGACCUCCUGUGGCCUCGGAACACUCGGCUGUCCUUACCUGCCUUGACGAGCCUGUCCCGGCUCUUGGUGAUUAUGUCUGCAUGUCACAGAAUCAAGAUGCUCCUUGAGCCGCAGGCUGGUCUGAACGCCUGCCAUCUUUGGGGGCUCAGCUUCCAGCACUGCAUCAGACAGCCUGCUGUCGGCUGUUGGGUUGUAUUUGGUAGUUUUCAGAAAUAGAUCAUUGGGCCUUUCGUCCUAGUCUGUCUUCGUCUGGAAGCUCCAUUGAGGCCCAUUCCCCACAGAUGACUCUGCUGGUAUUUAAAAUACUGGUGCCAUCAUGUGCACCGUCAUGGCCACAUGUAAACCACCACAGCAGAACAACCUGGUAGGACGGUGGCGGGAACACUUGGUCUUACACCCUUAAUGCUGUGUUGCAACUAUCAACCACGUUGGCCAACAAAGUGGACGCUGGCUGGACCUUCCCAGGAUGACCUCAGAUUCACAAGGGGCACCACUGGGUAGAAACCCUCGAAGGUCCAGGCUGCCCAAACAGCCGAAGCAGCUCCCACCCCAGGGCUGGGUGAUACUGGCCCCCAUCCCCACUCCCCAUACUCUUUCCUCGAGUUAUGACCUCGAAGAUUUUCAAUGGCUGAUUUUUUUUCAGGAGUAGAGCGCCAAGCUUUUCCCUAGUCUGUCUUUCUCUGGGAGCUCCACCGAGACCCGCCCACCAUGGGCGACCCUGCCGGUUUUUGAAACACCGGGGACAUAACAUCCAGUCCCUUAACAAUACGUAAGCCGGCCGGCCGGGGACAGGAAACUGACGCAUGAUGGCUGAUCGCACACCUGAUGGCUUCAUGAGUUACAUGGUACCACUU